AACAGUUUAUUACUGUACAUAUAUUUCACAGAUAAGCUAAAACAUUUUGUAAAAAAAAAUGUAUUUUAAACUUAUGAAAACAUUAAGUAUGAAUUUAAUUACCUUAAUCAUACAUUUAAAAUCAAUAAGUUUUUGUAUUGGAUUGUCUCAUGUAGAACUUCACUGCAACUUUUCAAAAUACAUGUUAAAUUUCUUUAAUCACAAUGAAAAAUAUUUAUUAAAUCUUGAAAAAAAAGAUAAUAUUCAAUCAGUUGAACUGGAAGACUUAAAUACUUAUGGUGCAGCUUUAAAAACACACGGUGAAAUUAUUAUGGCAAUGUUGGAUUCAUUAAGGUCAUUCAAGAAAAUAUCAGCAUCAAAUGAUUUAAUGGCUAUUAAUUUAUACAUAAACAAUAUUUCAGGUUCAUUAAAUUUUAUAACUAGAAAUUGCUCUGGAAAAUAUAAUCGAAAUCUUUCGAACGUUCUCAGAGGUUAUCAAUUACAUCAUAGAACAAUAGUUGACGAACUAAAUGAAUAUAUUAACAAUAAAUGCACAAAUGUGACUGUUGAUGAAGAUUUUAUAAAAUGUCCCGACUAUAAUAAAUCAGGAAUAUAUAACAUUAAAGAUUUGCCAAAAAUUUCAGAAAAACUAAAAAACCGAUUUACAAACUAUUAUACUAAUAAUAUGAUUAAUAGCAAUGAUAUUUUCAAUGCGCUAUUCACAUCUCUCAAUUCAAAAAAAUAUAAUGACUUCGAUCCUAAGAACUUGCUAUUUUUUGAUUUAUUGAAUCAUGACGUAGACUACAGACCUUUAACGAUAAACGGUCAAAAAUUUACAUUAAUGAAAAGUAAUAAAAAAUUAGAUUUAUUGAGAUAUGCAAAUCUUAAUAUUAAGUGUCCUAAUAAUUCAUAUUUAAAUAUAACGGAUGUUUUUCAAUAUAUGUUGUACAGUUUUGAUGCUCAUAGUAUGCAUAUAUUUCAAGAAUUAGUAAUGGCUGCAUCUAUAAAACCUUUAGUCGCACUUGUACGAACUUUUGGUUUAUUUGCUGAAAAAUUAUUGAUGUCCUUUAAUUUAGGACAUAUAGAAAGAAAUGAAGUAAAUUUUGAUAAUUUAGUUAAGGUCAGUGAAGAAAUCGUUAACAAUUUAGAUCUUUUGAUGCAUCUUACAAUUAUUAAGGAAGCUCCAGCAAAGUUGCUAAAAACAAUAAUCGACGUUUUCAAAAUUGUUCAUGAUCGCUAUAAACUUAAGAUAAUAAACAAUAGUUACAUAUUAAAAAAUGUUAUUGGCAAAGUGCAUUCUUUUUUAAGGGGUAAUAAAUUACACUGUACAAUUGAUACAAAUAUCUCUAACAAAAUCUAUGGAUCCAAUUUCGAUUCGUUAUUUUCAAUAAUCGAAAAAUAUUCUCAAAAAGUCACAGCAUACAUAACAGAAUUAAAAAAAUUUGAGCAACUAUUUUUAAUUGUGCAUGGAACUUAUUUUUUUUCAUUUUUAUAUGUCGGAGGAAAAAAGUGUUUUAUUCGUGAUGACAUUAUUGAAUAUAUUUGCAACCAGAGCAGUUAUACAAAUUUAAUUAGCCAGAAUAAUGAAAUUGAUAUUCAAAGAGAAACAAAGAACGAGGUAGAUAAAAAAGAUGAAUUUGUUUUUGACGUGGAAGAAAUGGUCAACAAUCUUUACACAGAAAUCGUAGAAAGUAGUGAAACUACAAAUCAAAAGGUGGAAUUUGUCUCAUGUACAAGUCUAGAGAGUCAAUCUAAAAACAGACCGGAAUAUAUAAAAGAUUAUCUACUUUUUAAUGAUUUAAACUAAUUGUCAUAUUUUUUUUUUUUUUUAAUUUUACAAAUUUAUUAAUUACUAGUUAUUUUUUCAACAAAUUUUUGCAAUAAUCGUUAAAUAUAUAUUUUUACUAAAUCUUAAAUGUAUUUACAUUAAAUAUUUGUUUUACUUGUUUUUUUAUCGAGUUCAUUUCACAAAAUAAUUAUUGCAAAUUCUCAUUUAUUUUGUAAUUAUAAUUAUACCUAUAUAUAUAAUUAUUGUAUUUUAUCUCACGGCGUGUUAUUUGUAAUUUUUUGCCAUUUUAUAUAUUUUUGUUAUUGUUAUUAUUGUGUGAAUAAUAUAAUUUUGUCAUGACUUCUACCCCUUACAAGUACUCCAAAAAUGUCUCAAAAAUUGUAUUUCAUGAUUGAAUGCAUAAUUAACUAAUGAAAUUCAGAAUAAUCGAAUUAAAAAAUUAACUUUAUUUUCUUUUCAUUUUGAUUAAUAAUUACACUUUUGAUACACAUUUGUUAUAGAGGUAACAAAUGAUACAACUGCUUUAUAACUUUUUAUAAUUUCUUUAUAAAAAUUACAAAAUAUUAAAUAUUAAUGUCAUACUAAAUUUAAUUUAUAUAAUAUGUAUAAAAUAAACAUAAAUUUGAGCGUACGAAUAAUAUUUAUUAAUUUAAUACUAUUCCUGUUCAACCCUCAAUAAUCUAUUCUACCUACCUCUUUUUCUAUUCUUCUUGAACAACUAAAUAGCUAUUAAAUUUGCCAGUCGUUAGGAUAAUUUAGCGAAUCCAGCAGAUGAAGAUUAAUGGCCAUCUCAUUCUAGCCACCAAUCUACAAAUGUAAUAAAUUAAACUCAAUUGCGUUUUAAAA